AUGGAAAACAGAGAAAUUCGUGUUUUGAUGAAAUAUGAGUUCCACCGUGGAGCCACAACACGGCAGGCAGUCGACAAUAUCAACAGUGUGUUCCCUACCCAAGUCGCUACGAACGCGACAGUAGCUCGUUGGUUCAAAAGAUUUCGUUCUGGAAAUUUUGACCUGUCCAAUGAACCGCGUGGUCGACCUGAAACUCAGGUGGAUAAUGAUGUCCUGAAAGCCACCGUGGAAGCGGAUCCCAGCCAAAGUGCACGUGAAUUAGCACUGACUUUCGGUGUAUCGAAGAAAACAAUCCUGACUCACUUGGCGCAAAUCGGCAAGGUGAAAAAGCUGGACAAGUGGGUGCCGCACGAAUUAAACGAUGCACAAAAGCAACGGCGACUUGAAGCAUGCCUUUCUCUUUUGUCUCGCAACAAAACCGAACCAUUUCUCCAUCGAAUUGUUACCUGCAAUGAAAAAUGGAUCAUGUACGACAAUCGCAAGCGUCCAUCACAGUGGUUGGACCGAGAUAAACCACCAAAACAUUGCUCCAAACACUGCAUCCACCAGAAGAAGCUGAUGGUGACUGUUUGGUGGUCUGGCUCAGGUGUCAUCCACUAUAGCUUCAUGGAACCUGGCAGAUCGAUCGUGGCGGAUGUCUACUGCAACCAACUAGACGAUAUGAUGCAAAAUCUUGCGAUUAAACAGCCGAGAUUGGUCAAUCGAUCAGCUCCCAUCCUCUUGCACGACAACGCUCGACCUCACACCGCACGAACGACCGUGGCAAAGCUACAGCAGUUGGAGUUAGAGACUCUCCGUCACCCACCAUAUUCGCCAGACCUUGCACCCACUGACUACCACUUCUUUCGAAAUUUGGACAACUUCUUGUUGGGAAAAAAAUUCAAUUCCGCAGAGGCUGUGAAAACGGCCUUCCAACAGUUCAUCGACUCCCGUGAGCCAGGCUUCUACAGCAAAGGGAUAAAUGAGCUACCGUUGAAAUGGCAAAAGUGUGUCGAUAACCUGGGUGCAUACUUUGAUUAA